GGGAGGCCAGCUACAAUCCGGAUAGCUGCACGUGCGGGGCAGGCAGGCAUGCAGUUUUUUGAAUCCUGCCGCAAUCAGGUUACUUCCGACCGAAAGAGUGAUGCACGUCAUAACCACGGACACUGGAGUCACGAACAACGGGCAACUGCAACUCAUGUUGAACGUUGGACUUAACCACAUACCUAUGAGGGCAUUGGAUGAAGAGUUCGCCCUGGGAGAGAUUGAAGAGGCGCUCAACCACAUUCUGACUACAAGAGUCUGCGACGAAGAACUCUCGAUGGAGGAGGAGAAGGCAGUGAAGAACUACGUGAUGGAGAAAGCAAGGACUGCCAUCAGGCAGUAUCAUGCGCAACACAGGCACAUCAAGGAGGAACCCAUCAAUAGCAUGCCUGUCAGGAAGGAGAUUGAUUGGCUAACUGGAAGAUUCCUCGUCUGCCCGACAGAUAAGGCGCCGCAUACUUCGAUGUUCGUGUGUAUCAACUUCAUACAGAGGUUGGCACUGGAGAGGCUAUCCGGCCCGGACUUCGUUCCACUCCAGCAAUCACCCGCAACGCUUGGCAGCCAACUCGCUGAGCAGGCCAGUGCAUUCACACCAGUUAGGAAUGAGGAAGAACCCCUACCCCUGCCACAUCUCAUGGUCGUGUACAAGGCGCAUAAGGAGACGUUCAGGUGGAUCACCAACACGGCAGGAUCAAUACUCUCACCCGCUGCGGACAUUUGCGCAUGCCUCCUAAAGUUCCUUGCGGUCGAUGUACAAGCACUCUGCGAGGAGAAGAGCGACGAGGUCUUCUCCAUGUACAAGGUCAGACUCAACUAUUGGUGGCCGCUCACAUCAAUCGGCAAACUCAUCGCCAACCUCCCUCGGCAUGUGUACUCCGUCUUCACGGCGGACAUUACCAGGUGCUUCGAGAAGAUCCCGACGGACAACUCGGAUGACGGACUAAUCGUUGCAAUCAAGUUCUUUGUCGGAUGCGCGAUGGAGCGGAGAAGAGCCAAAACUGCGAGGGACGUGAUUGCGAUCACGGUCUCUGCCCGCGGUUCGCUACAUCCAUGCUGGGUCGACGGGCAGCAGGAGAGGCAGUUCGACGAACUGUACUUGGACGAGAAUGAGACCAUCAACGCUUGCGAAUGGCUAGUGUCCAAUGCGGUGGUGCAGAUGGGGAACAGGGCUUGGAGGCAGAUUCUUGGCAUCCCCAUGGGGCUGUCAUGUUCUCCCAUCCUCUGUGACGUUUAUUUCUUUAAAUACGAAUUUCAAUUGAUUGCACACCUUGUAGACAAUCAGGAAUGGCAGGCGCUCAAAUGCUUUGAGGAAACCUACAGGUAUAUCGAUGACCUCUGUUCAUUGAACAACAUGGUCAUCGCGGACUUCCUCAAAGACRGAGUGCCUGGCCAAUGUCCUGAAAGAAAAAUCUACCCGCACGAAUGCAUCGAAAUAAAGGAAACCACUACUGUCAAGGAAGAUAAUCACGGAUUGGUCGCGAACUUCCUGAACCUCACCAUCUCGGUCAUAUCAUCCUCCGAUGGCACUUUCGCCACUUCCAAACACAACAAGAAGAGAGGACUCAAUUUCAACCCAGUGAAAUUCAUGAAAUUUAAGUCCAACCGAAGCAUCACACAGUCGCUGCAAAUCCUGACCGCACAAACCGUACUUGUCCUUUUACUAUGCUCAGACGAACAGGAAGCCGCGUAUGAAAUCCAUUCUUUAGUCCAGGAUAUGGUUGCUAACGGGUUUGGCAGGAAGGAAUGCUGGAAAAUCAACCCGCACGCCCCAGCUGUGAUAUGGUAAGGACGAUCUUGAUUGUGCGAUUCCAUAUGUGCU